AUGCUCAUGGAGCUGGGGGAGGCCCUCCACUUGAAGGUGGCUACCGCCUCCAAUUUGGCUGCGGUGCUGACCACAGAGGCCAGCGCUGGAAGCAUGCUGCACCUGUCCUUACACUGUGCAGAGAACGGGCAGGUGCUCUUGCUGGAGGAUGACCGCGGCGGGGCUCACGCCUUCUCUCUCGAGGACCUAAGGGCUUUGCUGACAGCCACCAAUGGCGCUGCACGCUUGCAGCUGGUCUUCCUAAACGCCUGCUGCAGUGACUUGGCGGGCCUGGUCUUCUUGGACGCUGGAGCUCCUCACGUAGUUUGCUGUCGCGGCUCCGUCUUCGAUGCCACGGCCUCCUCCUUCACCAAGGCCUUUUAUCGUGCCUUUGCUGCGGGCAAGAGCGUGGCGCAAGCCUUCGACUUGGCCAAGUUGGAGAUCCGCACGGCACCACAACCGGGGCUCCGGGCCGAGGCGGACAAGUACCUCCUGCUGCCUGAGGAUGACCCGACGCACCACAGCUGCUUUUGUGAGUUGUCCUGGAGUCGAGGAGUUGCACCAAGAAGAUGCUUGUUGCCAGCUCACGUGGAGGACUUUUGUGGCCGUGCACGGGAUCUGUGGCUGCUCUUGCAACAUCUCAGCUCUCAACGGCGCUGCGUGCUGGUGCAUGGCGCUGCACAGAUGGGGAAGUCGGCCGUGCUCUCGGAGCUGGCGCGCUUCGCCGGGGCGCCGGGGCGAAGCUACGAGAACCGCGUGAUCUAUGUGGCCUUGUCCGAGGAGGCGGAAGAGACGCAAAGUGCUGAGGAGCGUUUGUUGCGCUUCCUGCGGCAGCUGGCCCGACGGCUCCGACACAUCGAGGAUCCGCGCGUCCAUGUUUGGGAGGAGCCGCAGGCGGAGGCUCUGAACAUGGACCUCUCUGCCCCGAGUGAGGCGGAAUCGUUCUCGCGUCAGAUCGUGCAGAGAUUGCGCGAACUUGAAGGCCAUCAUCCCGUCCUCAUGAUCCUAGACGAUCUGGAUUCGUUGAUGGGCGAGAACCUGGAGGAGUUGAGGAAGAUCUUGACGGAGUUGCUCCUGCGCACGGAACGACUGGAGCUUUUGCUCAGCGCUCGUCAGGCUCCGUUUCAGGCAUUGGGCGCGCACAAGGUGGUGGGCUACCAGUUGGAGCCUUUGCAACCCUUGGAUGCAGCACGUUUGUUUUUAUGGCGUGUGCAUCGGCCCCUGGUCUUCGCAGACUUCUCAGUCCUACCUGGAGAUGAUGCCCAGGGGCCAUCAAAGAUGCUGCCCCUGAUCAUGAAUGCGCAGAAUCGAGGCGUGCUGCUUCAAGAACUUUCUGGCCAUCCGCUGCUGCAGUGGUGUGGCGGCUGCCCGGGUCAUCUACGGGCCGCUGCAGACCACGUGUUGCCCGGCAGCGGCACCUUAUGGGACAUUCACCAGCUCUUGCAAGCGAAAGCUGAAAGUGGUGAGUGGAAAAAGGUAGAAAGUGGGACAGACGAUUGA